AUGGCACACUCUUCUCAAUUGCCAGUGAUUGAUUUGGAUAAAGUGGGCGAUGAGGCACAGUUGUUGCCCAUCGUGCGUGGGAUUUUGACGACUAAUGAUACGUUUCUAGUGAAAAAUUACGCUAAUAGGUUGGAGGUCGCUCGGUUGUUGGAAACAAUGCGUGAACCUAGUGUGGCACAGGGGUUCGAUGCCAAUUUCACGGGGACGCUUGCCCUGGGGGACGAUGGACAACCCCUCUUGGAACAGUACAUAGAAAACGUCUCCUCGUCUACUGCAAAUGGUGGUCCCGGGUUGCAAUUCGAUAGACACUGUCAAAACGGGGAAUUGCUCAAAGUGUACCAUAAGCUGCUCAAAAUAGUAAGGUUUUUUGCACAACUGUGUCUUCAAUCAGUAGGAGUAUCUGGUGUAUCCUUGGAGAAUGAAUACGCUACGAAAUUGACCAGAUUCCAUUACGAUGGUCAAUCGGUCCAAGAGGAUACCGAUGUGGUUGACGCAGUGGAUGACACUUUCAAAUACUAUUUCGAUUCGGCACCACAAAAUGGUGGAGCAGAGUAUACAACACAUAGAUCUGCAGGUUUACUCACUGUUUUCCCCAGUACAGAACAUGUCAGGUUCAAGCCACCAACAACAUCCAUCGACGAUAACAUAUGGUGUUCAGCGGUAGACACGCAGGAGGAUUGUCUUCUUUUCCACACUGGGGGGCUUCUUGCAGCAUGGUCCAACGGGAUGCACGCAACUUCCCCCUUACAACUGGAUACACGGUCUAAAAUGGUCCAUUUGACUGUUUUCCCACCGCUAGAUACACCUUGGAACGGAUCUACAGUGGCUAACUUGCUCUUGAGACAACAGAUCGAAGAAUGGCCACAAGUGGCAAGGGCUUACUACCCAAGGGAACUAGCUGAGCAACAACUGUUCAAGAGAAUAAAAUUCUACAAAGAUUUGUUCGCCGUGUGUGAAACCGUGGUGUCUCUGUACACCAUCUCGAGAGCAAACUUGGUCGCACCAGAACUAAACGUGCUUCUACCACAGAUGACAAACCUCAUGAAGAAGAAAAUCACAGCUGAUGAUUUCUUAAAAAUGACCCAACUCUGGGACGACUGCUACAUUUUGGAGUGUAACUCCAUGGGGGAACUCACCCUGAAAGUCCCAAGACAGGACCCUCUGCAGCAACUCACGAACUCGUCGAGGAGACUCACAUACGUGUCCCGCGCGGACGAAUGGUACGCAUACAGCAUCACACUUGCUCGGAUCCCACAGGAUGUCCCUUCCAGAAGGAUCAACAAGAGAAGAGGCUCCUCUUCAAACUCACACAACAACGAAAACGGCAUCAAGGAUUCCAAAACACGUGCAAACAACAUGGUCUCCACGAGGUAUCUGUGCAAUAACAAGCAACAGUACGUCACGGGGGAAAAACCUCGCGAUACACAGAACAAUUUACUCGAAAGGCUUCGGGAGAGGGAGAAAAAAUCAGCGAUUUUGCUUAACGAGCGGGAACGGAAAUACCAGCAGUUCUUAGCGACUAAGAUGAGACAAAUUUUUGACAUUCUCAUGUCCCUGGACGCGGGCGUCCCCUACACAGAGACGUACCUUUGCGGUCUCAUAGUAGACUCCCUGCAGGACAGCAACAACCCAAUUGGCACACACGAGGCUCAGGAGAUCCUCGUCAAGAUCAACGGCGUGGUACCCAACCAGAUCCGCAUGCGUGCCGUCGACGGCGGUCUCAAAGUAUUCAAAAUCUCGUACUUGAACAGAGACGAGUUUUUGACCACGUUGCCAGUCAACUGA